UGUGGAAAUCCAAAAUUGAGUUAGAGAAGAAGAAGAAGAAGAAGCACGUAGACGUUGAAUUGAAUAGAAUUAUAACACGUAGCUGCUGCAAGCAAAGAUUAAGGAGGAGCAAGCAAUAACAGAGUCUAUCCAUUCUCCUCAACACCACACAACUCUUUCUUCUCCUUCUCCUUCUUUAUCCAAAUCUUUACACAUUAAUUCCUCUACCAAAAUGCUAAUGUGAUUUCGUUUAUCUAUCCAAAACUUCCUCCUACACUACACACACAAGAGUAACCAAUGUGGAUUUCGGAAUCUCGGAUCAUUGUCGUCAUGAGUGGUUACAACCCCAUAUUCCUCGUAAUCCUCAGUUUGGUCAUAGGUUUCGUAAUUCGAUGGUUGCUGUUCAAGACGGGAUUGAUACAUAGCAUAAGAAAAGUAUUGAGAAGGGUGCAGGAUUGGUUCCACGUCUACCAGUUCCUCAAAGUCCCCGAAUUCAACGAAGCCAUGCAACGGAAUCACUUUCACCGCAAAGUUUCUCUCUAUUUGCAUUCUCUUCCUUCAUUAGAAGACGCUGACUUCACCAAUCUCGUUUCCGGUCACGACCAGAACGACAUCGUUUUGCGCCUCGACCCAAACCAAACCAUCGAGGACCAUUUUCUCGGGGCCACACUCUUCUGGUUCGAACAAAAAACCCAACCGGACCGGAUUUCAUCCUUCGUUCUCAAAAUCAGAAAAACCGAUAAACGACGAAUCCUCCGCCAGUACCUCCGUCAUAUCAAUACCGUCGCCGACGAGAUGGAGAGCCAAAGGAAACGCCAUUUGCGGUUGUUCAUGAACGUCGCGGCCGGCGAAGGCGGCAGGGGAGAAACGCGGUGGAGAUCAGUUCCGUUCACUCAUCCAGCGACUUUUGAAACGAUAGCGAUGGAGAAGGAUCUCAAGAACAGAAUCAAAUCUGAUAUCGAAUCGUUUCUCAAAGCGAAGCAAUACUACCGUAAACUCGGCCGCGCGUGGAAGCGGAGCUUCCUAUUGUACGGUGCCUCCGGCACCGGGAAAUCGAGCUUCGUCGCUGCGAUGGCGAACUUUCUCCGCUACGACGUGUACGACGUGGACCUCUCGAAGAUUCGUUGCGAUUCGGAUCUUAAGUUUCUCCUAAUGGAAACGACGGCGAAGUCGAUCGUCGUGAUAGAGGAUCUCGACCGAUUUCUCGAACCGGAAAAGGAAUCUGCGGUUACGGUGAGGGGAAUCCAGAGCUUCAUGGACGGGAUUCUGAGCGCGUGUUGCGGUGAGGAGAGGGUGAUGGUGUUCACGAUGAACAGCAAGCAGUGGGUGGACCCGAACUUGAUGCGGCCGGGUCGGGUCGACGUGCACAUCCACUUUCCGGUUUGCGAUUUCUCUGCAUUCAAGACGCUUGCGAGCAGCUACCUCGGCGUGAGGGAGCACAAGCUGUUCGCGCAGGUGGAGGAUAUUUUCCGGCACGGCGCGAGUCUCAGCCCCGCCGAGAUCAGCGAGUUGAUGAUCGCGAACCGGAACUCGCCGAGUCGGGCCAUAAAAUCGGUAAUCGGGGCGCUCCAAUUGGACGGCGAUGGGAGAAAGUACGCGGAGAUGAUUGGACGGCAGAUAGGGGUUGAUGACGUGGACGUACAGUCCUUUGGUGGGGACGAGUUAUCUACGGUUAAAGAUUCGCGGAAGUUUUACGGUUUCUUCAGAAAACGGAACGGCAGAAGAACCAACUACCCCAAAAUCUAACACCAUGGCCCAUGAUAGAUCACGACAAUAGAUAAAAAUUGAAAAAAAAAAACGGAAGAGAAAAUUCUCUUUUUUAUUUUUUUUCUUUUCAAUCAGGGGGAGAAGUUUUUUUAAUUAAAAAAUAAUAAUGUAUUUAUUGGUAGGAUACUUCACUGAAAAGUAUCCUAUUGUUCCCUCUGAAAUUAUUUCCAAUGGGAUAUUUUUAGUGACAUUGUAGAAAUUUAAAGGAUAGAAGUAGAAACUUAGCCUGCAAAAGAAAACUACUCCAUUGUAAAGUUUAUUAUUAUAAUUUUAAUAAAUGGGGAGUCAAUUGUACAGAUUUCA